AUGUCAGAGAGCUUCCCGAACGAAGAGAAGCUCGUACCGCUUGACGUGUCCGUCAAGGAAAAUCACGCCCAAUCUGAGUCGCAGAUCACCCAACCGGAAAAUGACGGUCGCCAGCCAGUCCCACUAUCUUGGAAGCUCGCCUCCAUCGUCCUCGUCACUGCAAUUGGCUUCGGGUCGCAAUGGAGCUCUGGUGUGACAUCUGCCAUGAAGAGUACCAUCAAGAAAGAACUGCACAUCAACAACACCCAAUUCUCCCUCUUGGAGGCUAGCGAGGAUUUCAUGGUCACUGCUCUAAUGCUUGUUAGUGGUAUAGUGACUGACAGAAUUGGUGGAGCCGGCGCGAUGCUGUAUGGCAAUCUUAUCUAUUCGGUCGGAUCGGUCUUGGUAGCUGGAGCGGCCCAGACCCGAUCAUACAAGUUCAUGAUGGCUGGCCGGGUCGUGCGCGCUCUUGGUGAUAUCGCCACCCAAGUCGCCCAGUACAAAGUCUUCUCAUCGUGGUUCGCUCCCGGCAACGGAUUCGCCUCAACCCUAGGCUUCGAAUUAGGUAUUGGUAAGAUCGGAGCUUUUGCCGGCAAGUCUUCAGCCAACAUCAUCUCCAAGAGACUCGGUUUCGCGUGGGUUUUCUGGAUUGCGGUAUUUAUGAACAUCUUCACCAAUGUCAUGACGGGUGUCUUCUACUUCUUCACCAAGGUUGCCAAUCGUCGCUAUCAUGGUAUCAACGAUCCAGCUACGGGUGAGAAGCUUACUGAAAAGACGCGCAAGUUCGAAUAUCGCAAGGUUCUGGAACUACCGUGGACAUUCUGGGCUGUCAUGGGCUUUUCGCUGUUCGAAACGAGCGCUGCCAUCGUUUUCCUGCAGAAUGCGACAGAACUUGCUGAACAGAGAUUCGGCACGGAUUCUAUUGCAGCUGGAUGGUAUAGCUCCGUUUUGCAAUACUCAGGUUUCUUUGUUGUUCCUUUACUGGGAGUAUUCCUCGAUCUUUAUGGAAGCCGCAUUUCCGUCUUGGUCUUUUGCGGCAUUGGCAUGUUUAUCUCGAUGCUUCUGGUUUGCUUCUCUGGGGCCGUCAAAGGAACAGCCGCAUCAUUCGGCGUCUUUGCUUUCGCUUACUGCUUCGGUCCUACUACGAUUAUUGAUAGCACACGUACAUCCAUGUGGGACAGCACCGUCUUUGGCUCUGCUUACGCCAUUAAAAUCACAAUGAACAAUGCGAUGAAUAUCAUUGUCAGAAUCAUCACCGGAAAGAUUCAAGACGCCGAUAACAACUCAUACGACAAGGUGACGAUCGUCUACGUCGUCCUCGCUGGACUAUCCGUCGUAGUAUCGAUACUGCUCGCCAUCGGGGCAUGGAAGUCUGUGGACCUUGGACACCUCCAAUGGUCACGAAAGAAGAGAAUUGCACAAGGCUCCUUGCUCAAUGAAAGAAAGGAAAUCUUCACCAAGGAAAACGGAGAGAAAAAUAGGCGCGUAUCGUUGGCUUGCUUCGCUACACUGAUCUUGUUAAUCAUUGGUAGCUGGUGCGGUUACUUCUGGGGAGUUGCCACUGGAAACAAUGAUUAG